AAUAAUUUCGUGGUCCCCCUGGCGGGGAAGAGAGGAGUCCCUUUCCCAUGACGAUAAAGGAGGACCACUAGGGUUUCGGGGGCAUCCGCCAUUCGCGACCUCCUCCGUCGAUCGGAUUCGCUCCUCCCCCUCUCCCUCCAAUAUCUGUCACUCUGGCUUUGAUCGAAUCCUGAUGCAUAUGGUCUUGGUGUGGGGGGACUUGGAGGCGUGACGAUGCCCACCGCGGACUUCCAGGGCUCGUCGGCCCCCUUCGCGUCCACCGGCCGCUCCUUCCUGAGCCUGCGGCGGGACCACGCCGCCGACCCGAUGGACGCACAUCAUCGCCACCACAUCGAUGCCGGCGAGCAGAGGGAGCUCGACGCCUUCCAGCACCAGGUCGCUGAUCUCUUCCACGACCUCGCUGGCGGCGGCGACGAGAUCCUAUCCAUAUCCUGGGUCCGGCGCCUCCUGGACACCUUCCUCGUCUGCCAGGAGGAGUUCCGGGUGAUCCUCUUCGGCCACCGCCGGCCCCCGGCCCUGAUGGACCGCCUCGUGUCCGACUUCUUCGAGCGCGCCGUGAAGGCGCUCGACGUCUGCAACGCCGUGCGCGAUGGCGUCGAUCAGUUGCGGCAGUGGCGGAAGCACCUCGAGAUCGUGAUCGUGGCCCUCGGCCCGCACCACCGGGAACUAGGAGAGGGGCAGCUCCGCCGGGCCAAGAAGGCGCUCGGCGACCUCGCCAUCCUCAUGCUCGACGAGAAGGACUCGGGCUCCGUCCUCUCCCAGCGCAACCGUUCUUUCGGCCGCCAUAGCGGCUCCUCUUCCUCGUCGAGCGGGGGCCGACGCUCGCACUUCCGCUCCCUCUCCUGGAGCGUCUCCCGGUCCUGGUCCGCGUCACGGCAGCUUCAAGCCAUCGGGAACAAUAUAGCCGCACCUCGUGGCCACGAGGUCGUGGAGACGGCCGGGCUCGCGGUGCCUGUGUUCACGAUGAAUUUAGUGCUCCUCUUCGUGAUGUGGGCCCUCGUGGCGGCGAUCCCCUGUCAGGAUCGCGGCCUCCAGAUCCACUUCUCCGUCCCGCGGAGCUACCUCUGGGCCACCUCGAUCACGUCUCUCCACGAGAGGAUCGUGGAGGAGUCCAAGAAGAAGGACAGGAAGAACUCGAUUGGGCUGUUGAAGGAGAUCCACCAGAUCGACAAGUGCGUCCACCACUUGAUUGACCUGAUAGAUGCCGUUCAGCUCCCGAUGGCGGAGGAGAAGGAGAUGGAGGUGAGGCAGGGGGUGCAGGAGCUGGCCCAAGUCUGCGAGGCCAUGAAGGAGGGUCUUGAUCCAUUGGAGCGUCUGGUCAGGGAAGUCUUCCUUCGGAUCAUACGAAGCCGCACAGAGGGGUUGGAUUGCUUAAAUGGUGUCGAAUGACAUCAUCGUAUCGAGGUUUCCUUGCCAGAGACAGAAGAGCCUGCUAAUGAAAAGAACCAAGAGAUGGAUGAAAUGUUCUCUUCCACGAGUAAGUAUAGCAGGUAAUGCUCUUGUAUUUACCGUAUUGCAUUCUGUAUAAAGAAAGGUUUGGGUUGUUGAAUUUUGUGAUUCUGAUGUUAUGUUUUUGCGUCUUUGGUGUACAUGUUUUGGGCUAUUCAAAUCUACUUGGCUAUUCAAGCA